AUGACCUACGACUUCAACGCCGCCGGGGGAGAAGCCGCAUUGUUGGAGCAGCUUGGAUUCGAUCAUCGGGACCGCUAUUCGUAUCCUGCCGUCUCAACGGCUGCCCCAUCGCGAAACCCCGCUUCGACCGCCCUCGUCACAAUGUCGCAAGCCAACCGCCAGAGUUUGAGUUUGAGUCCGGGGACAUCAUGGUUGCCUCUCGACAUGUCGGGGAGAGUGGGUGCGCCUGUAUCGAUGCACUCGCCCAAUUCCGGCAGCGCGACUUCCUCGUCUCCCGACGACCAAAGCGCCCAGUCCCCUGGCCAUCACAGUGCUAUGCCAAGUCCCUUGCAACACCAGCACUCUCCGUUCCAGACGGCCGCCCACCCGAACACUUCCUCUCUAAUUGCGGAUUGGUCUCUGUCCCUGCAGGCUCAACAGCAGGCCACCCCGGACCUCGCGCAGUUCAUCCAGGACUCGGCUACUUUGAUAAAUUACAACCCAUUUACCUCGGGUUUCCAGCCUGCUCCGCUUGAGUACCUUCCAGCAACGACCCAGGCCGCCCUUGAGACCAGCCUUCACAUGGAACCCACCUUCGGCACAAUUUCUCCCGUCGACGACACGGCUCAGGCAAUGCACUGGGGAGCCGGCAUGGCAAACUGGCAGGAUUUCGAGCCUGCAAUGCUCUUCCAGCCUGACGGACUUCCCCGAAUCGGAAGUCUAGGAAGCCACUCGCCAACUGGUACAUAUCUAGAGGUUCUGUCCUUGAAUUCGGGGAGCGACAAUGGCUGGGCAUCGGUGGAUGUGUUUCAAAACUACGACGCCUACCAACAAAACCAAGCCUCGCAAAACGCUGCCAUCUUUAACCCGAGCCAGACAUUGCACUUGAGGAGAAGUAAUUCCGAUUCCUCUCAAUCCGACGGCAACUCGCAGGAGUUUGGAAGUUACGACGAGGUCAAUUUCCCUUAUUCCCCCUACUCGCCCGGCUCCGACACCCAGGUGGACCCUGCGGCCAAUCACCGCAACUGUUUCCCGGGAGAGCAUCAUCACCCAAGCACCGAGCUCAUCAGUCCCUCAGCUGCUGUCGCUCCUAUGCCUAUCAAGGCUGCUUCCACGUCUAGCAGGCCUGUUGUCGCCAGCGGCUCCGGAUCUGCUUCUCCUCCGGUCCGAAGAAAUUCCGGCCAGCGGAAGAGCCCCAUUGCCAAGGCCACCAAGCCCGUCAUCCGGAGAACAUCCACUGGCAAGAAGGAUGGAACUGGGGAAAAGAAAGUGGGAAGACGCCGUGGCCCACUUCUCCCGGAGCAACGCAAGCAGGCCAGUGAGAUUAGAAAGCUCAGAGCUUGUCUUCGCUGCAAGUUCCUCAAGAAGACAUGCGACAAAGGCGAGCCUUGUGCGGGCUGCCAGCCUUCUCACGCCCGCUUGUGGCAAGUUCCCUGCACCCGGAUCGACAUCAAAGAUAUCGGCUAUUUCAUGAAGGACUGGAAAGCCGACUACGAGCGGCAUCUCGGCCGCGGCAUGUCUGUCUUCAAUGUGAAGGGGUUUGCACAAAAGGAAACACUGAUGUGGAUCACUCACGGCUAUGGCUUCUGUCUUCCUGUUAUGGUUCGCGAGGUGUAUGUUGCGGAUGACAGCUGUUUCCAGCUGGACUGGGUCGAGUCAACGCUGCAAGACCAGGAGCCCAUUGAUUUCGAAAUUCGCACCGAGCGCUUAGAUGUUGGACAUGAAGGUGUUUCACCAGAGGCGCUCUCGGAAUAUCUCGACAAGCACAUCGACGAGGGAUUUGAGAGAUUCAUCGACGAUCACUUCGAAGGAACCCCCUUCAUCACUGAAAUCUUCAAGACAGCAUAUCGUUUCUACGUCAAAGAGCAGCUCCCUGUUAUCCGGAAGGCCCUUAAGCUCGUUGUGGCCUACAAUCUCACUCUCCACAUCACUAUGGUAGAGCAGCCGCCUACCGAGGAGCCAAUGGAGGGCCAGAUUGACGACGAAGAUUCCAAGUACUUUGGCAAAGUUGUUGCUCCGGUCAUGAUCAAUUUCCAGAUCAAGUGCGCCAUGGCCGACAUGUGGCGCGAACUUCAGAAAGAUAUUCUUGAGGAACUUUCAGCUCUUUAUUCCAGCGUUUACAGCGGAGAGCGGCUGAAAAAUUGGCCCACUAUCUACAUGCUCGCUUCCAUCCUUUUGGCGGUGUGGGAGGAGAUCCAGUUUGACUGCCACUACCGCGUUCCCGACCCGGUUGCCGUCAACAAGUUCUGCACCGACAUGGAGACAACACCUGUUGGAGUCAUUGUCGGCCUCUUCCAUGCAAUUUCGCAGAAACUCCCGUCAUUCACCGAGUGGGAUACCCGGAGACACGGUCAGCUGCUCAACAACAACCCAGCUGUUUGUGAGGCAAUGACAGAAGUGAGACAACAUGUCAUCAAGCAUGAGGCCUACCUGAGAACGCGUCAAGAUACAAAGUUCGAUCGAUAUGAUUUUGACUCGUUAUCCAACAAACUGCUGUCAAAGCUGGUCAUUCGAGCCAACUAG